AUGUCCAAAAGACCUCUUGAUGCAUUCUUCACAUCCUCAACAUCGUCAUCUAAAAAGUUGAAGGAAAGUACAGCAUCAGAACCGAGAACAACGGAAAGGAAUGAUGACAUCGACGACGGCAAAGCUCCCAAUGAAAACGCACAGAAACAUCCAUCGUACCCCUUCCCAAUUGCACAGCUCCCUUCACGCAUAUCUGUUGGCUUGGAAUUUGCAACGCCUGGUCGACAAGCUAGAACUAUCGCAAAUCAACCGCAUCUGGAUCUUCUCUACUACGAGCCAUACAUUCCUCAGCCCACCGCAAAACAAUAUUUCCAGUUCCUCCGGAGCGAACUGCCGUUUUAUCGAGUGAAAUACACAAUGAAACGAGGCCCCACGGAAACCCUGAUUAGUACACCGCGGUUCACGACUGUAUUCGGCGUGGAUAUCACAUCCUAUUUCUCCGCGGCAGAAAACCAGGAUGAUCACGAAUAUAGAAAGCUAUUAGAUAGUAAAACGCAUCAACCAAUUGCCAAGGACAAAUAUAAAUGCACACCACGCCCAAUACCGGCUUGUUUGGAUCUGCUGCGUAAACAAGUCGAAGCGGCCCUGGACGAUGGCACAAGCUACAACUUUGUGCUGGUAAACUACUACGCGUCCGGCGACGAUAGCAUCUCCUAUCACUCUGAUGACGAGCGGUUUCUCGGGACGAAUCCGAGUAUUGCGAGUCUGACAUUGGGUGCAAAAAGGGAUUUCUUGAUGAAGCAUAAGAGUGCUGCUGCUGGAGCGGUCGUGGAGAAGCCACUCAAAUUGCCGCUUGCCUCUGGUGAUAUGAUUGUUAUGAGAGGAGAGACUCAAUCGAAUUGGUUGCAUUCUGUCCCAAAACGGAAGGGGGGAGAAGCCGGUAGCGGACGGAUCAAUAUCACGCUUAGAAAGGCCGUUGUGCCUGGAGGGACGGAGAAUUACUACAGGUAUAAUGUUGGCGAUGGAGGCAUUUAUCGAUGGGACAAUGGCAAAAAGGAGAUGCUUCUAGCUGAUUGA